AAAAAAAAAAAAAAAAAAAAAAAAAAAAAAAAAAAAAAUUCCUUUGAAAGAAAUAAUGAUAUUCAUCUUCCUUAUUUCAGCAUCUCUUAUUGUCAUUUUUCUUACAAUUGUUUUCAAAAAUAGUAAGAAAAAAUCAUAUUGCCCUCCUCCUGGACCAACAGGGCUUCCCAUAAUUGGAAACCUACAUCAGUUUGAAGCCUCAAAUACUCAUAUCUAUUAUUCCAAAUUAGGCAAGAAAUACGGCCCAAUUUACACGCUACGAUUGAUGAGUAGACCUAUGGUUGUGAUCCAAUCGGCGAAGUUGGCCCAAGAGGUCUUUCAAACGCAGGAUAAGAACUUUUGUGAUAGACCAUUAACGACCGGAACACAAAGGCUUAAUUACAAUGGGUUAGACAUAGCCUUUUGUCCGUACAGUGAAUAUGUACGUGAAAUGAAGAAGCUACUAAAUGUUCAUCUCUUAGGCUCUAAGAAAGUCGAGUCUUUCGCUCCAAUUCGACACGAAGAAGUCUCAAGGUUGAUCCAAGAGGUUACUUCGUUAUCUCAUGCUUCCGAAAUUGUCAAUAUGAGUCAAUUGAUUCUCAAAUUUUCAAGCUCAAUUACCGGGAGGAUCACUUUUGGAAAGAGGAUUUGUACAAUUUUGUUGGUUUAAUUGUUAAAAAGAAGUGCAGAUCUAAAGGUUAGUUACAUUACAAACCCUAAUAUAAUGUAUAUGUGUAUCUUACUUUGGUUGUUAGAUAUUCAAUAACUUUUAGUUUGGUUAAUUUAGUGACAUUGGUGAUCUCUUAUAAGUAAUCAAUUGCUCCCUUCUCUUUAAAAAAACAAUAUAAUGUUAGUUUG